AUGAAGACACAGCCCCACCCUUCCCUGCCACAACACAUUGGCUCGCCAGUCACAAUACUUGAUGCUUCUCGAAGAGAUCCGUUCUCAAGUUUACCAAUGGAAUACGACAGUACCGAUAUCGAAUUGGCUGAUUACUGGAGGAACAAGUUAACGUACUGGUCCGGACAAAAUGUCCAUGUGAAGAACCAAAUCUUUCGCACGGCCAUGGGCCAUCCUCUUUCGUUCAAAGCAGUGGUAUUAUCCUACUGCGCUCGUUGGAAAGCACAAUUAUACGGCAUGACCGACAGCGACGAAAUUCAACGUCACGUUAGACAGGCGGCGAAACUCAUCGAAGAAGCUACAUCUGGCUCUGCGAUAGUCAGUCCUGACGACCUUGUCAUGGCUUUGGGUGGAAUGGCUUUACAGGAAGAACGGUUUGGGAGCAAGGAGCAGGCUCAGCAGUAUGUCGAACGUGCUGUUAAGGUCUUGCGACCGCGGACAGGAAGCAAUCCAGCCGUGGAAACUUUUAUACACUACAUCCGAUACCUCAUGACGCCCGAAGUUCCGACUCCAAACCCUGCCGAUCAAAAAUGGCUAACCACCUUCCUUCGUGCCGCCAAAGAUCUUAUGCACCGACACAACACACCCGAAUAUCUUCGACAGGCCCCACACCGCGUCCACGCCUUCGAAAUGGCAAGCCCCCUUUUCACCCUUCUCUCCAGCGGGCCCCGUCCUUCUCAGGUUCCACAGGCAUCGCGCGUCUACGUAGUCCGCGACGCGCAGACCCAGGAACCCAGUCGAACAGCCUCUCUCAUCUAUAUCACGGCUGCAUUGUGGGACUAUCAAGAGUCGCCCAGCAAAACCGACCGGUUUCUUCGUUACCUUUGGACUUUGGUGAAGCAACACCAUCUCGAUCGCGACCCAGCCUGCGAAACUCUCCUGUGGUUGUUAUUGGAGGAGGGUUGUGACUCUGAUUUACGAGACCCUGAGCGUGGGUGGUCAACUGGUGAGCUGCUUAAAGUGCACAAACAGCUGCGACCGGACCUCCAAUUCCUUUGGAACGAGAUCCUCAUGAACUUCCUCUCAUUCCAAACACCUAUCCGUGGGAUUGAAGCGUUUGAAGAGGAACUUUUGCAUAGUACCUCACAAUGA